UAGGGAGGAAAGUGCAGGCAGAGACCCAGGACGGCUCCAGGAAAUGUUUGUGUUUCUCCACCGGGAGGGAGGACAAAUAAGCUGUUUUUUCACUCCUCCUGGGCAGCUUUGCUUAUUCUCCGGCUAAGAGAGAGGCUGAAAAUAAAAAUCAUUCUGGGACAGGACUCAACUACUCCUCUCCAGCACGAAUCUCCUCAGACCUGCCAGCUGCUUCCCAGAAAUGACAACUGCGUGAAGUUACCCGCGUUUCAAAGCCCUGGGGUGUUACAUGCUUCGGCUGUCAGGGAGACAGGCAGCUUGUGACCCAGGCUCCAGAGAAAGGAACCCCCACCUUGAGUCUCCCAUUUCCUGGCCGAAGUUUCUGUUCUCCGUGGAGUGGCUGCAUCCAUGCACACGUGUGGUACCUGUGUCCCAGGGUGAAGAAGUUGGAAACGCAGCAGCUGGAGCAUUCAGGUAAGCAUCUGUGUUUUGGGGGGAACUCCACAGCCCAACACACAGAACACUGGUCCUCUGUCCACCAUGGAAAACAGGUCGUGCUGCCUCAUCCAGGGGGACCCCAUCUCCCAGGUGAUGCCGCCGCUGCUGAUCCUGGCCUUUGUGCUGGGCGCCCUGGGCAACGGCAUCGCCCUGUGUGGUUUCUGCUUUCACAUGAAGACCUGGAAGCCGAGUACUAUUUACCUUUUCAACUUGGCUGUGGCCGACUUCCUUCUCAUGAUCUGCCUGCCCUUUCGGACAGACUACUACCGCAGACACAGGCAAUGGGUCUUUGAGGACAUCCCUUGUCGGGUGGCACUCUUCAUGCUGGCCACGAACAGGGCUGGGAGCAUCGUCUUCCUCACGGUGGUGGCUGUGGACAGGUAUUUUAAAGUGGUUCAUCCCCACCAUACGGUGAAUGCCAUCUCCAACCGGACUGCAGUUGGCAUUGUCUGUGCCCUUUGGACCAUGGUCAUCCUGGGGACUCUGUAUCUUUUGACGGAGAACCAUCUGUGUGUGCAAGAGGAGACCAUAACUUGUGAAAGCUUCAUCAUGGAGUCGGCCAACGGCUGGCACGACGUCAUGUUCCAGCUGGAAUUCUUCCUGCCCCUCAGCAUCAUCUUGUUCUGUUCCUUCAAGAUCAUUUGGAGUCUGAAGCGGAGGCAGCACCUGGCCAGGCAGACUCGGAUGAAGAAGGCUACCUGGUUCAUCAUGGUGGUGGCGGUUGUGUUCAUCACCUGCUACCUGCCCAGCGUGUCAGCCAGACUGUAUUUCCUCUGGACAGUGCCUACCAGCGCCUGCGAUCCCUCUGUCCACGUAGCCCUCCACGUCACCCUCAGCUUCACCUACGUGAACAGCAUGCUGGACCCCCUGGUGUACUAUUUUUCAAGUCCCUCGUUCCCCAAAUUCUACUCCAAGCUCAAAAUCCACAGUUUGAGACCUAAGCGUCUAGGACACUCCAAGAGGCCAGAAGAGAUGUCCAUUUCAAACCUUUGUCGCAAGAGUUGCAUCGGUGUGGCAAAUAGCUUCCAAAGCCAAUCCGACGUGCAGUGAGAUCUCCAAAUGUGAUGGAUGGCACCAGAACAGACAGAUGGACAAAAUCAAGGGAGACCCAUGGGCGACUUAGAAAUAAUUCAUGCUGAGAGGUGGAGAGCUUUGAAAAUGCCAUUCUUUCUUAGCUGUAUCCUCCUCACUCUGUUAGAUACGAAAUUCAGAUCACUAUGUCUUUUUGGAAGGUUCCAGUUGAGAAGUGAGUCGGUUGCAUUUAUAUGAUUUGAUUCCAGUGACA